AUGGAACUUUCCGCUCAGCUGCAUGGCAUGUUCUUCCUAUCCGAAAUGCCGUCGGGCGCUACAGAAGGCUCAGUUUUGCAGCCCGAGUUGACCUGCUACCGACGAAACCUCUUCCAGAUUAGCGGUUCCCUUAUCACGGCUCGCGGACCGCUGUCUGUUGUCACCGAGACGGGCGAGACAGUUCCCGUGAGCACUACCGAGGUGACUGUAUCGGCAAUCGAGUCGGUUGAUGGGCACCCGGUCCGACUCAUUGUGAUUCCUUGGAAAACGCCGCCGCCCAACUCCCCCGAGGUGGCCCAGGGUCCCGACCAGGAGCCGCCGUCGCUUCCCCUCAUUCCUUUCCAGGAUGAGGGGCCAGAUGCCGACGGCGAGUACGCUGUGUACCCGAUUGGCUGGAGACGACUGCAGUUUCGAAUUGCGACGGCGAACAAUGGCAGGCGGAAGGAACUCCAGCAACACUUUGUCCUACACUUGAAGGUAGUCGGCACUUUGACCAACGGAAACAAGGUUGUCUUGGCCGAGGCGACGACGUCGCCGAUUGUCGGGCGGGGACGAAGCCCCCGCAACUUCCAGGCUCGGCAAGGGAGAUUCCACUUCUGGGAUCCAGCGCAGGGUCGCGCGGACAAGCUCUGGUUGAAACUGGACAGGGCAUCGUGGCAGGACCUCUCAGCGCCAAGCCAAUCGAUGUCAAAGCUAGAGGCAUCGACAUGCAGAUGCCGCGAGCCGCGUUCACCUUCAGCGGCGCGGGUCCAAAAUGCCGAUUUGAGAUCUGUAGCACCAGGGCAACAACAGACACAGGCCCGCGCCUCGUUCUCGUACGGCCACUCAACGACGGCCCCGCCACCCACUGUCUAUACCGACAAGCGCCGACGCUGCACUAAACAUACCCCGGUAUGUCGACAGCAACCAUCGCCCGACCAAGAGCCCGAGACAUGCGAGCCACCAACCCGUUCAGGGUGGCAGUUCGAUUGCCAAUACCGACCCAUCUGCAGAGUAUCGAUACAGCUCAUCAUAUGUACCGUUGCACGGAGGCAGCGCAGGAGAGCUCCCGGCCCCUGGAUAUGGCGCGGACUCGACGUCGAUUCCUCAUUCGGCACCGCCAAGGGACUACUAUCCCCCUUCGACCACUUGGACGACAACGGCUGGCGAAGCAAAUGCGACAGUGGCCUAUACCAGCAGCGACAAUCGGUCGUACUCGUCUCCGGGCCAGUACAAGAGCACUGCUCCGGCGGUGCCGGUCAAGAAUGA